AUGGCGGGAAUAUCAUCAAGCACAAUGAUUCGCCCCGGCGGAGAAGCCACUGUGCAUGCUGCAACACCAUCCAGGACCUCAGUGGCCUUUGCUUCCCCUCCGCGUGACCCACUGCGUCAGCCAUUCAAGAUGAUGCGCCUCUGCCUCCCCUCCGCGUUCCUGCGCCUCGCGGACGAGCACGAUUUGGAGAACCAGGCAGUCCCAGUCACUUCCCCAGAGCGCUUCGUUGACCCCUCCCACUCGCUUCCCUUGAACGACGAUCUCUCUUGUCCUCAAGGCGCCAAAUUCCCUGGGUUAGCGGCAGCAGCGCCGCUCAAAGACACGCUUUCAUCAUCAAGAGACGCGUGUGAUCUACUGACUGCUGCUGCUGCUGAGCAAAAUGCUGCUGAGAGGAAUGCUACAGGGUGGGCUGAUCGUGCUUCUCUGGAAGCAGGCCGAGCAUCUCUGGACGCGCAGCAGGGAAUGAGCCGCUUGCCACCACGCCCCGGAGGCAGCGGCCGAGUCUCCCUGGAGGAAUCGUGCUGCGGCCGCUCCUACCGCUGCGACAACAUGUGCUUCCGAGGCUUGGAGGCGUUUCCGGGAGAGCCCACACGACGAUCUGAUGCCGCCUCUCCACGCCACUCUGCGCUCAAGAAGCCCCUGGAAAGGAAGCCAUCAGGCAGCAUUCCGCGGGUCAUGAGCGACUUUGAUCCGAUCUCUUCGCGUCAUUCUGACCCGGCUGGCGUGCAGUCCAAUGUGGGUGGAUAG